AUGCCCGCUUUGCCGGAAAACUUUGGACCUGUAUUCUUCAAAAACCAAUUUCGAACCAAAAUCAGCCUUCCCUCAAAAGAAAAAUACCCAACCAUUGCAGAGAAAGGCUCAUGUGCAAUCAUCACGGGUGCCAACAUUGGCUUGGGGUUUGAGGCAGCUAAGCAACUCUUAUCUCUUGGUCUAUCCCACCUAGUGAUGGCUGUACGGUCGAUCGGAAAGGGAGAUGCAGCCGCGAAGCAACUUCGUGCUGCUACUGGGGCUGUCAAUGCUUCCGCCAAGAUAGAUGUCUGGCAGCUCGACAUGGAGUCUUAUGACUCCAUCCAGGCAUUUGUUCAAACUUGUCAGGAGAACCUGACUCGGAUCGAUUUUGUCAUUUUGAAUGCCGGUCUGGGAGCGAUGACAUUUUCGACUGUCCCUUCAACUGGUCAUGAGAAGACAAUACAGGUCAAUCACAUAAGCACGGCAUUACUUGCGAUCCUUCUUCUUCCCGUCCUCAAAAACAAGUCGAUGGGAAGAGAUAGGCCGGCACGACUUACUGUCGUCAACUCAGUUACUGCUCAUUUGUGCAAAAUCCCCAACAAGGAGAAAAGACCGUUCUUGUCUUCUUUUGACAACACAGCAAUUACACCUUGGGACGCGGAAGAGAGAUACGGAGUUUCCAAGUUACUCUGUCAGCUUUUUAUCGUCAAGUUGGCGGAGCAUGUCGACCCCGAUCAAGUCAUCAUCAACAUGGUUGAUCCGGGACUUACAAAGGGUACUAGCCUUUCUCGUGAUGCUAAAGGUGCUACUGCUGUUGCUGCAAAGAUGUUCUUCUCUAUUGCUGGAAGGCCCGUGGAUAGAGGAGCAGCGACAUAUAUUGAUGCUGUUGUGGGACAUGGUAAAAAUUCUCAUGGUUGUUUCUUGAUGAAUUGUCAAAUUGCUCCACUCUCUCGUUGGUUCUAUACUCAUGGCGAUGUUUUGAAUGACAUUGUUUGGACCGAGACCCUUAGAGAGCUACAAUUUGCGAAUGCCGAACAGAUCAUUUCUUCGAUACAUCGUGAUAUCUAA